AUGCCUUCAAAAGCUAGUUCAUCAUCGUCAUGCAACAAUUCAAAGAUUUCUACAACUAACAGCAAUAACUCAAAGAAAAAAUCAUAUGAUAAAUAUGGAAAUUCAGACAAGUAUCAUUUCUUUUGGAAAGAUAAAUCACCGUUCAGUAAUUGGCAUACUGCUCCGUAUACGCUAAACGGACACAGAUUUGAAAAUACAGAGGUAGGAAUGAUGUAUGAAAAGGCCAUGUUGUUUAACGACCAUGAAAUUGCUUCCCAAAUUUUAGAGACAUCAAGUCCCUCAACUGCAAAAAACUUGGGAAGGUUAGUCUCAAAUUUUGAUGAACAAAUUUGGCAACAACAUCGUGAGGAAUUGGUUUAUAAACAUUUAAUGGCAAAAUUCACGCAGAAUGAACAUUUAAAAAAAGCACUACUUGAGACAGGAGACAAAACAUUGGCUGAAGCUUCUCCGAGUGAUUGUAUUUGGGGUAUUGGAUUGAAAGAAGAGGAUGCCAUCGAAACUCAUCCAAACAAUUGGAGAGGCUUGAAUUUAUUGGGUAAAUUAUUGACACGGGUGAAGGAAGAAUUGAAGAACUCUAAUUUGUAA